GCUGCGUCCCGGCCUGACAGCAUCAGGGUUUGGGCAGAGGGGUGCGGGUAAGGCACAAGCGGGGCGUGCUGAGCCAGGCGUGCUUCUUGCUGCAGAUGGCGGGGCCGUUCGAGGAGGUGGCCAUCUACUUCUCCCGCGAGGAGUGGGCAGAGCUGUCGGGCUGGCAGCGGCGGCUGUACCAGGAGGUGAUGCUGGACACCUACGAGAUGGUCGCCUCGCUGGGUGAGGACUCUGCACUCUGCCGGGCUGGGCUGGAGGCAGAAUUCCUUUUUUUCAACUGGGCUGGAGGCCUUGGAAGCAAAAAUCAAGGCCUACAGGCUUUGCUGCCUGACUUCAUUUGGAAGGAACACCUGGUCAACCACCAGCAGAUACACACCAGUGAACGGCCCUUUGCCUGCGUGGAGUGCAGCAAGAGCUCCAGCCGGAAGGGCUCCCUGAUCAGGCACAGCGUGUCCACACUGUUCAACUGGAAGAGCUGCCUGAGCAGCCACCGGAGCAUACACACAGGUGAGCGCCCCUUUGCCUGCACCAAGUGUGGCAAGAAAUUCACCAGAAAGCAACACCUGCUCAGACAUCAGUGCAUCCACACCAGCGAGAAACACCAGCAGGUGCGGCUUCCGACUGAAGGUCUUGUCACACUCCAUGCAGGCGAAGGGGCGCUCGCCAGUAUGGAUGCGCUGGUGCCUGAUCAGGUUACUGUUCCAGGUGAAGCUCUUGCCGCAGUCAGCACAGGCGAAGGGGCGCUCGCCUGCGUGGAUGCGCCGGUGGCUGAUCAGGUGUUGCUUGCAGGUGAAGCUCUUGCUGCAGUCAGUGCAGGUGAAGGGCUGCUCACCUGUGUGGAUGCGCUGGUGGAUGAUCAACCGGUGCUUCUGACUGAAGCUCUUGCCGCAGUCAGCGCACAUGAAGGUCCACUCACCGGUGUGGAUGUGCUGGUGGCUGAUCAGCUGGUGCUUCCAGCUGAAGCUCUUGCCGCAGUCAGCGCAAUCAGUGCAGGUGAAGGGGCGCUCACCUGUGUGGAUGCGCUGGUGGCUGAUCAGGUGGUGCUUCUGACUGAAGCUCUUGCCACAGUUAGUGCAUGCAAAGGGGCGCUCACCGGUGUGGAUGCAACGGUGUUUGAUCAAGUUGCCCUUCUUGAUGAAGCUCCUGCUGCACAUGGUGCAGCUGAAGAGCUGCUUGCCUGCAUGGCUCCUCUCAUGGACGACCAGCGCACCCCGAUGCUCCGUCCCGGCCCCUCAGGAAGAGGCGCAACCCGUGGUGAGAGACCAAUCCUGCAACGCAAAUUCUUCCCCUCCAACCAGUUCCUUCCGGAGCCGCAGGCAGAGGGGGUCGCUGGGAGGGGAGGCGGCGGCUCUUUCUGUGCCGCCUUCCUUCUGCUGCGAGCAGCAGGGAUCGAGAUGGCGGGGCCGUUCGAGGAGGUGGCCAUCUACUUCUCCCGCAAGGAGUGGGCAGAGCUGUCAGGCUGGCAGCGGCGGCUGUACCGGGAGGUGAUGCUGGACACCUAUGAGAUGGUCGCCUCGCUAGGCUGGGCUGCCGUCAAGCCAGAUAUCAUCUGCAAGCUGGAGCGAGGAGAGACACCGUGUGUGCCAGACCCCCCUGUGGCACUGCAGAGGCACUGGAGUCCUGUGCCAGGCGGGACUCGGGCAUCCGUGGGAAGGAGCAGGUUCAGCGGCAGGCACUGGGUGGGCUCAUCUCUUAGCAAGCUGGGUGGGAGACUGGGGGACCAGUCAUGGUACCCUCACCUCCACAAUGUGCCGGCCCCUCAGGUGCUGGAGAAGAACCCAUCCAAUUUUUCCAAGUGUAAAACGAGCUUCAGAAGCCGGACAGCAUUGGCCAUCCAGGGGUGGAGCCACAGGGGCGAGCGGCUCUACAUCUGCACAGGCUGCAGGAAGGUCUUCAGACACAAGGCCAACUUGACCAAACACCAACGCACCCAUACAGGCAAGCGGUUCUAUGCCUGUGCCAGCUGUGACGAGAGGUUCAGCCAGAAGGCCAGCCUCACCACUCACCAGCGCAUCCACACAGGGGAGAGGCCCUUCCCCUGCGCUGACUGCGGCAAGAGGUUCAGCUUGAAGCAACACCUGAUCAGGCACCAACGCAUCCACACUGGCGAGCGCCCUUUUGCCUGCACUGACUGCGGCAAAAGGUUUGGGUCAAAGCAACAACUGGUUAGUCACCAGCGCAUCCACACUGGCGAGCGCCCCUUUGCCUGCGCUGACUGCAGCAAAAGGUUCAUCUGGAAGAAAGACCUGAUCACCCACCAGCGCACCCACACUGGUGAGCGCCCUUUUGCAUGCACUGACUGUAGCAAGAGCUUCAGUCAGAAGCAACACCUCAUCACACACCAGCGCAUCCACACAGGCGACCGUCCCUUUGCCUGCUCCAACUGCGGCAAGAGCUUCACCAGGAGGCAAAACCUGAUCAGCCACCAGCGCAUCCACAUACGGGAGCACCCCUUUGCCUGUGCUGGCUGUGGCAAGAGCUUCAGAAAGAAGAGCAUCCUGACCAGGCACCAGCGCAUCCACACAGCCGAGUGCUCCUUUGCCUGCACCGAGUGCAACAAGACCUUCAGCUACGAGGAUGAACUGAUCAUUCAUCAGCGCAGCCACACAGACAAGUGCCCCUUUGCCUGCACUGAAUGCAACAGGAGCUUCAGCCAGAAGGGUAACCUGAACAGACAUCAGCGCGUCCACACUGGCAAGCGCCCAUUCAUCUGCACCGACUGUGGCAAGAGCUUCUGCAGGAAGGGCUAUCUGAUCAAGCACCAGCACAUCCACACCAGUGAGCGUCCCUUGGCCCGUGGCUGCUGCGACCUCCACUUCUGAUGGAAGCAAACCCUGGUCAACCACCAGCACAUCCACACUAGGAAGAAGCCCUAGAAGUGUGGCGAGUGUGACAAGACCUACAGCCAGAAUCAGAACCUGAAGAAAGUGCACUGUGUGACUGACAGGUGAGGGGGUGGACACAGGCCAAGUCCUUGCAGUGCGGCAGCUACAAGAAGCAGUUUUAGGUUGAGGGGACCAUGGUGGAUCACGAGUGCACCUGCAGCACCCCUCGCCUGUGGCUGCCCCUGCAACCCAGCGCUCCCUGAAUCUGCUGCUGAGAGACCCAUGGGUGCUGGGUGCUGCUGCAGGGGUGCUGUGGUCUAACAGACUUGCUGGGCCCUGUGGGUGGCAAACACUAAACUCAUGGUGAGUUUGCAAAGGAGAGCUUGUUUUUGCAAAAGAAAGCAGUUGGCAAGAGGGAGCAGCACCGCACAAUGCAUCUUGUAAACCAGAUCGAUUGGCUGGUGCUCUAACCCUCACAUCAUCUGAGUGAUCCCUGGAGUGGGACGGAGGUGAUUUGCGGAAUCAAACCCUAUAGCCCAAAAUGAGUUAUAAAGCAGGUAUAUUUAUUUCCAGCACUGGGGUGCAAGGGGGUUCUCCUCCUAGCUUGCACACCAUAUAACUUAACAAGUAGCUACUUAUAUUGUAAAGACAUGCAUAGUUAUAAGCGCCUACUACAUAGUCAUAACCUUUCCCUGCUUCGUAUUAUAAUUAGUUCUGGAAAGUUUGCUCCAGUCUUGCGCCUGCGUAGUGCCUCCUGGUGUUCAUGGGCUGGGGUCUUAGGGAUGAAGUCCUCAGGAUGAAAAAAAGUUUUUUCUUUGAGCUGUGUACAAGCACAGUCUCUUCUGGUUGUUUUCCAGCUUUCUGCAUUCCAAUGCCCACUUAUCAGUAAACUUCUGCUAGCUGCCUCCUUCGUUAUCAGCCUCCAAGGUCUUCAAGGCGAACAACGCCAAGCUCUAAUGAACACUCCAAAACCCUCUUGUCUGCUUUCGCUCAUCAGUUUCCGCCUGUCUUUUUAACACGGGCAAAUUCAUUUGCCAACUGUGUAAUUUAUCUCUCGAAGGGGAAUUGGAUGAUAUUUUGUUGGAAGAUUUCCCUUUUAAUGCAUUCUCAUGGGCACUAGACAUAGAAGUCAGAAUUGUUAGUCGUUGUAGCAUUCUCCAAUUCCAAAUAAAUAGCAUAGCAGAGAAAACAAAGCUAACUUAAACUAGCAUCAGAAGGACAAUAAUGGGGUGACAUCCAAACAACAUGUCCCCCCAAUGAUGGUUCACAUUUUCUUUUACCCUUUUUAGGACCCCCUUUCUUUCCUCGGUGUCGUGGUGGACUGUUAUCGGGGUCUUUUCCCACUUUCCUGGACCUCAUCCAGAAUUCUAAUCAAGUCCUGAUGUUUCAUUAACUGUUUCAUUAUUAUACCAAUGUAAGAUUCAUUCCAAUAGGUAUAGGUGAUAAUUUGUGAAAUAUUUUAUAAUUGGAUUUUAUUAGCUGAUGGGAUACGACUGGUGCUAAAUAAGAAAAGUCACACCCAACAAUCUUAACAAAAUUACAAAUACAGAAAUUAGAGUGAUUCUUACUAUCCAUAAUUAUCUCAUCUCUUGCUAUAGAGGUACAAGCAGUUCUCAAAUACACACAACCCUGGCCCAUAUAUACAAGUACAGUCCUCUGAUUAGCGUCUGGAUGGAUCUCAAAGUGACAGAUGCUUUGCUCGGUGUCGAGGCAGAUGUCUUGAGCAUCAAUUGCAUUCUUUAGCAAAGGAGUUUUUGUUCUCGUGUAAUGCAAGAUUCUGAAUUUACGUUUUGCCAUUUCCCAUUUACUAUUUGUGCCCAUGUUCUAUGUUCAGAAGGAUAGAGCACAGUUUUAUCAUGGCUUAAUCCUAAUGCAAUGAUGAGGUGGAUUAGAUAUAUUGAAGUGUUACGUAUGGUCAACACAAAGGCUGUGGCUGUAUUAGUGGUGGGGUCAUAGGUGAAAUUUACCAGAGACUACCAGGAUUGAAGCUUCCUCUCUAAGCCAGUGGCACUGUCCCAAACCACUUUCUGGGUUUCAGUGGGGAAAGUACCCUCACCACCUUCUCUUAUAAUUAAGGCAGCCACUGAUUGCAUCCAUAAUUGUGCCUGUAUACAACUGAGGGCCAAGGAAACUUUAUCUUGGAUCACACUGAGUGCUCUUACUAUUAAUUCAUGAUCUUGUUCCUCCACCUUUUUCUACUUUGGUAACACUUCUGAUUACUGAUUAGUUCCUAAAGCUAAGAAGCUUCUUCCUAGAGAAGACUGUAAAGGUUAUAUUGAUUUUGUUAAAUCACUAGUUGUGGUGGCCAAUUUAUUCAUUAGUAUUUCUGAGUCAAUUCCAUUAAGGACCUCCAAUCCUGUCUCUAACACUCCGGUUAGGCCCCUUUGUGUUCUGCCCCUGAAGGGCACUUGUUCUCACAGCCAGGUUGUCCAGCGCUCGAAGGAUAUUUUUAGGAAAUGAGAGCAUGCUGAUUGAAUUUCAGAAAUAUCAAUUUGCAUUAGCAGUUCAAUACGUUUAAGAGACCAUUCUGGGUUGAACAGGCUUAGCUAUAAUAUUUAUUUUAAAUUUGGAUGAGAGCCCAAUGGUGUCAUAGGCCCAGAGACAAACCACCUUAACGGUCUGUACUAAUGUAGAAUUAUGCCAACAGUCUAAUUCAUUGGAAUACAGGUCUUUGUAUUCUUAUCUGUAGGUGUAGUUGAGAUAGUAAUUUGGGAUGCCUUUUUAUGGAUAGUCCUAUUAACCAUUCGGCAUCCUACAUUGAUUUCUCCUCCUACAGUCCCCUGCACUUGCUGAAUCCCCCGUUCUCUAACUACAUUCUAUUCUUGCCUCACAUAUACUUAAUUUUCAUGCAUAACCAUGGUUGAUAGAUUUAAACCCUUUCUAUCAGAAUAUUUCCCAGGACUCCAGUAUACCAAAUAAAAGCUUCAGACCAAGGCUACUCGGUAUUCUUUUGGCUAGAGGUGUCUUUCCCUCCCUGGAUUAUAAUAAUGAGAAAAAUAAUUUUCCUGGUUGGACUUGCGUGACCCUCCAUGGAGAUUUAUGUGCCUUUUUCACUCAGGUGAUCCAUGCACUCUGAUCCUUGAUUUCGAUUGCUGUGAAGGAGGUAAGGAGCAUCUGGAAUGGUCCUUCUCACUGCAGUUCCAGAGUCCUCACUGCAGUUCCAGAGUCCUCUCUGCAAGAGACUUUACAUAUAAAUAAUCUCCAGGUCUUAUGUUAUGCACAGGUCCAUCCAAACUCCUACUUCACAUUUCAACCUCAUGUUUUUCAAUCUUUUGGAGUUGUUUGUCCACUGCCACUAUGUAGGAGGUUAUGAUUUCAUAUGCAAAUAGUGACUGAUCUACUGUACUACUUUUGAGAUAAAAUGUGGUCUCCUAUCAGGAGACAUAGUUGCUGGAACCCCAAAGCGCGGUAUUAUGUUCUGUAUUAAUGUUCUGGUUAUCUCCUUGUUCUAGUAGGGAAUGCCUGCAUCCAACUUGAAAAGGUGCCAGUUAAUACCAAUAAGUAUCGACAUCCCUUCUGUCUUGGGAGUUCUGAAAGAUCAAUCUGCCAUUGUUGCUCAGGCCCGUUGCUUCUUCAAUUUGGCCCAUUUCUGGUUUGGGGUAGUUUUGGGAUUAGUCUGGAGGCAAAGGUCACACUGCUGAGCCACUUGUCUCACAAUGGUGUAUAAAUUUCUAGCUGCAAUCCCUCUAAUUAGGUGUUUAUAUAAGGCUUCUGUCCCCCUGUAUCUCUUCCUGCAUUCUUCCCUCAUCAAGGGCCAUGUUAAAUAAGGGGGAAUGAUUACUUUCCCUCAUGGAGUGAGGACCCACCCCUCUUUACUAUAUGACCCUUCCAGGUCUAUAAUAAGUUCAUGAUUAUCUGAUCUUCCUUGGUAUAUUCUGGCUUACCUUCUAUGGAGAUUCACCUGUCAGAGAUCAAAGCCCCUUUUGUUUUUAACCUCACCUUUGGCUGCCAGUUUUGCCUCGCUGUCCGCCAGCUCAUUUCCCCUCCCCAGUUGAACUGGAUUACAGUGAGGAUGGGACCGAGUGCCUAUGGGUUAAAAUCAGAGGAGCCCACAAGAAGGGGGACUUUGUGAUAGGAGUCUGUUACAGACCACCCAGCCAAGAAGAAGCAGCUGAUGAGCUCUUCUAUAAACAGCUGGGGACAGUCUCUAAAUCUCUACCUCUUGUCCUUGUGGGUGACUUUAAUUUUCCAGAUGUCUGCUGGGAGUACAAUACAGCAGAAAGGAAACAGUCUAGGAGGUUCCUGGAGUGCAUGGAAGACAACUUCCUCGCACAACUGGGAGGGUGCCUUCCUAGACCUGCUGUUUGCGAAUAGAGAAGAUCUUGUUGGGGAUUUGACGGUUGGAGGACGCCUGGGACUACGCGAUCAUGAGAUGAUAGGGUUUUCAGUUCUAGGUGGGAUAAAGAAGGGGACUAACAAAACUAUCACAUUAAACUUCCAGAGGGCAGACUUUGGCCUGUUCAGAGGGUUGGUUAGCAAAGUCCCAUGGGAAACAGUCCUUCAGGGCAAGGGAGCCCACGAGGGUUGGGUGGUCUUGAAAAAUGAAAUCCUAGCAGCUCAAGAGCAGGCCAUCCCUGUGUUCCGGAAAAGGAGCCGGCGGGGGGAAAAGCCAGCUUGGUGGAGCAGGGAGAUCUCAAGAUGUGUCAAUAAUAAGAAGAAGCUCUAUGUGCUCUGGAGGAAAGGACAGGCAUCUUGGGUGGACUACAGGGAGGAAGUGAGAUCGUGCAGGGAAAAAAUCAGGAGGGCCAAGACCCAACUAGAAAUCAAAUUGGCUAAGUCUGUGAAAGACAACAAAAAGUCUUUCUACAAAUACAUUAACAAGAAAAGGAGGACGAGGGGGAAUAUCUAGUCCCUAUUGGAUGCAGAAGGAAUAACAGUGACAGGGGAUAAGGACAAGGCUGCCUUCUUUGCCUCAGUCUUUAAUAGCAAAGAAAGUUGUUCCUUCUGUUUACAUACCCAAGAGUUAGAGGAGCAGAAUGAGGCUCCCAUGAUCCUAGAGGAGGCGGUUAGAGACUUGCUUGCCCAGCUAGACUCCCACAAGUCUAUGGGGCCGGAUGGGAUCCACCCAAGAGUAUUGAAGGAGCUGCGGAUGUCCUUUCCAAACCCCUAUCCAUCAUCUUCCAGAGGUCCUGGCUGACUGGGGAAGUUCCACUAGACUGGAGGCUGGCUGAUGUUGUGCCCAUAUACAAGAAGGGUUGCAGAGAGGAUCCAGGGAACUACAGGCCUGUCAGUCUCACCUCAGUGCCAGGGAAAGUCAUGGAACAGGUGAUCUUGAGUGCUAUCAUGAAGCACAUGCAAGAGAACCGGGUGAUCAGGCCCAGUCAACAUGGGUUUACAAAAGGCAGAUCUUGCCAAACUAACCUGAUCACCUUCUGUGACAAAAUCACUCGACUACUGGAUGGGGGAAAGGCUGUGGAUGUAACCUUCUUGGACUUCAGUAAAGCCUUUGACACAGUUUCUCACAGCAUUCUGCUUCAGAAACUGUCAGCCUCUGGCCUGGACAGGCGCACACUCUCCUGGGUUGAAAACUGGUUGGAUGGCCGGGCCCAGAGAGUGGUGGUCAAUGGAGUUAACUCCAGCUGGAGGCCAGUCACAAGUGGGGUUCCUCAGGGCUCAGUACUGGGUCCAGCUCUGUUCAAUGUCUUUAUCAAUGACCUGGAUGAAGGCAUUGAGUGCACCUUCAGCAAGUUUGCAGAUGACACUAAGCUGGGGGGAAGUGUGGAUCUGCUGGAGAGUAGGGAGGCUCUGCAAAGGGAUCUGAACAGGCUAGACCGCUGGGCCGAGACCAAUGGGAUGAGGUUCAACAAGGCCAAAUGCCGGGUCCUGCACUUGGGGCACAACAACCCUAUGCAGUGCUACAGACUGGGGGAAGAGUGGCUGGAGAGCUGCAUGGAGGAGAAGGACCUGGGGGUGCUGGUUGACAGCCGACUGAACAUGAGCCAGCAGUGUGCCCAGGUGGCCAAGAAGGCCAACGGCAUCUUGGCUUGUAUCAGAAAUGGGGUCACCAGCAGGUCCAGGGAGGUUAUUCUGCCUCUGUACUUGGCACUGGUGAGACCGCACCUCGAAUACUGUGUUCAGUUCUGGACCCCUCACCACAAGAAGGAUGUUGAGGCUCUGGAGCGUGUCCAGAGAAGAGCAACGAAGCUGGUGAGGGGGCUGGAGAACAGGUCUUACGAGGAGCGGCUGAGAGAGCUGGGGUUGUUUAGCCUGGAGAAGAGGAGGCUGAGGGGAGACCUUAUUACUCUCUACAACUACCUAAAAGGAGGUUGUGGAGAGGAGGGAGCUGGGCUCUUCUCCCAAGUGACGGGGGACAGGACAAGAGGGAAUGGCCUGAAGCUCCACCAGGGGAGGUUCAGGUUGGAUAUCAGAAAAAAAUUCUUCACAGUAAGAGUCAUUAGGCACUGGAACAGGCUGCCCAGGGAGGUGGUCGAGUCGCCUUCCCUGGAGGUGUUUAAGGAACGGGUGGAUGAAGUGCUGAGGGACAUGGGGUGUUAGGAAUGUUAGGAAUGGUUGGACUCCAUGAUCCAGUGGGUCCUUUCCAACCUGGUGAUUCUGUGUGAUUCUGUGUGU